AUGUUUCUGCAAAUAGUUGGCUAUAAUUUGAGGUUUCGAGUGGUUGGGGGGUACUUGUAUAGGUCAACUGAAACCAUACACCGCUAUUUUUCCAUUGUACUUGAUGCCAUAUUGAAACUAUAUCCAGAUUUAAUACAAUUGCCAAAUGGUGUGACUCCACGAGAGAUCCGUAAUAGUCGAAGAUACUACCCCUGGUUUGCUGAUUGUGUAGGGGCUAUAGAUGGGACACAUGUUGUUGCAAGUGUACCCCUUGAAAUUCAAGGAAAAUUUCGAGGUCGAAAGGGUUACCCAACUCAAAAUGUGUUAGCUGCUAUUUCUUUCGACCUCAAGUUUUCAUACGUGCUUGCUGGUUGGGAAGGAUCGGCACACGAUUCUCGUGUUCUUGAAGAUGCUCUUACAAGACCAAGGGGUCUACAAGUACUGCAAGACAAGUACUAUCUUGUAGAUGCUGGAUAUGGCAUUCGCAACGGUUUCAUUCCUCCUUAUUCUGGAGUUCGAUAUCACCUAAAGGAGUAUGAUGACAAUCCCCCUCAAAAUGAAAAAGAGCUUUUCAAUCUUCGUCACUCCUCAUUGCGAACAACCAUCGAACGACAAUAAAGAUAAGUUUGGGGUUACGUGCUCGGUAGACCAUGUGGAAAAUCAUCUAAGAACAGUGCGAUCAUCUUGGUCCACCAUAGUAAAAAUUCGUGAAAAAAGUGGAUUUGGCUGGGAUGAUACUUUGAAGAUGAUAACGGCCAGUCCUAGUGUGUAUCAUGCCUAUAUCCAG